AUGAGGAGGAUGUUGUGUAACAUCCUCACUGCAACGGACUUCUUACCCAGAGGAUCUGGCAUCGUCACCCGUCGUCCGCUCAUCCUCCAGCUGGUUAACUCUAAAGUGGAGUAUGCAGAGUUCCUGCACUGUAAGGGCCGUAAGUUUGUGGACUUUGAUGAGGUCCGUCUGGAGAUUGAAGCAGAGACUGAGAGGGUCACUGGAUCCAACAAGGGCAUCUCCACCGUCCCCAUCAACCUCCGUGUCUACUCCCCUAAUGUGCUGAACCUGACCCUGAUCGAUCUGCCAGGGAUGACCAAGGUUGCCGUGGGAGACCAGCCUGUGGACAUCGAGCACCAGAUCAUGGAAAUGCUGAUGCAGUUCAUCACCAAGGACAGCUGUCUGAUCCUGGCUGUCACACCGGCCAACACUGACCUGGCCAACUCCGACGCCCUCAAGAUUUCCAAGGAGGUGGACCCUCAGGGUCUACGGACCAUCGGUGUGAUCACCAAGCUGGACCUGAUGGAUGAAGGGACGGAUGCACGAGACAUCCUGGAAAACAAACUACUGCCGCUCCGCAGAGGUUACAUCGGGGUGGUGAACCGCAGUCAGAAGGACAUUGAUGGAAAGAAAGACAUCCGCGCUGCUUUGGCUGCUGAGAGGAAGUUCUUCCUGUCCCACCCGGGGUACAGACACAUUGCAGAACGCAUGGGCACACCACACCUGCAGAAGACCCUCAAUCAGUUCAUAGCUGCUCGCUCGGUUGCGGUGGUUGCAGUGGCGAAAGUCGGGGCCAAAUACGCAGGAGAGUCCGGCGACGCAACGAGUCGGUGCGGUGUCCGCGACUUCUCAGGUGAUCGGCCAGUGAUCCUGGGGCCUUACUGUAAAGGCUCUAACACACGCAGGCGUCACGCAGAGAACCUCGCAGCGACGGAUGAUGUGCGCCGUGCUUCCCUGUGCUUGGCCAUGUGUCGCACUGGAGCACACGUCCUGUUAGAGAAGAGCUGA